AUGGUGCAUCAAUCGCUAUUGUCUGGACGUGGAAAGGGAGGCAAUGGGCUGGGAAAGGGAGGAGUGAAGCAGUCCUGGAAGGUGCUUCACGAUAACAUCCAGGGCAUAACAAAGUUGGCAAUCUUCGUCGAGAAUGUGAUUCGUGAUGGUGUGACCUACACUGAGCACGCUGGUCGCAAGACCAUGAUGGCCAUGGAUGUGGUGUAUGCAUUGACGAGGCAAGGUAUGACUGCACGGAUUUGUUGGUUAGGGUUUCUGUCUCAAAAAAGUCUUGCUAUCAAGAAGAUGAAAAUUGGGGUUUUACUUAAACCCCAUAUUGCAUUUUUUUUUUCAUUCAAAGUGUUUGGAGGUUUUGAGGCAAUUCUUUGA